UGGUGCUGAUUCAAUCUCUCUAUCAAUCUCUCUCUUUAUAAGGCAGCAUCAAAAGCAUAACUUUAUCACAAAAAUGCCUCAAUAUAUUUUAUCAAAGAUGUUGCAAUACCUUUUCUUCUUCGUGCUUUUGAUGAGAGUUUUUUCUGGCUAUGAUGGACCCCUAUCUGACUCAGCUGCUAACGCUAAGAUUUACAUUGUCUAUACCGGAGAUACCAUCAAAGAUGAAGCUUCUUGUUUGCUCCACUAUAAUUAUUUGCUACAACAGGCUACUGACAGCAACUCGACGGCAAGAUCCAUACUUUAUUAUUAUUGGCGUAGUUUCAACGGAUUUGUCGUGAAACUAACAGAAACAGAAGCUGCUAGAAUGGAAGGACUUGUAGGAGUUGUUUCUGUUUUUCCCGAUGAAAAAAGACAACUUCUCACAACAAGAUCAUGGGAUUUUGUUGGCUUGACACAAGAGGUGGAAAGACAAAACUAUGAAAGUGAUGUUAUAGUUGGAGUGAUUGAUUCUGGAAUUUGGCCAGAAUCGAAAAGCUUCAAUGAUAAAGGGUUCAGUCCACCACCUGCCAAAUGGAAGGGUUCCUGCCAAGCUUCUGAUUUUACAUGCAAUAAUAAGAUAAUUGGAGCAAAGUUUUAUCCACCACUCCAUCAUAAUGCCUUAAGCACAAAAGAUAUUGAAUCUCCUAGAGAUUCAAGUGGUCAUGGUACGCAUACAGCAUCAACGGUGGCUGGGAAUUCGGUUGAUAUGGCAAGCAUGUUAGGCCUUGCACAAGGAACCGCUAGAGGGGGAGUUCCGUCAGCACGCAUUGCCGUAUACAAAGUGUGUUGGUCUAUUGGAUGCAAUGAAGCAGGUAUUCUUGCCGCAUUUGACGAUGCAAUUAAAGAUGGAGUAGAUAUAUUAUCCGCAUCAAUUGGUGGAAGAGACUCAACAAAGAGUAUACAUUUUAAAGAUGCAUUGUCAGUGGGAUCCUUUCAUGCCAUGAAGCACGGCGUGCUGACCGUAUUUUCAGCCGGGAACCUAGGUCCAUAUCCCAAAUCCUUACAAAAUUAUCAACCUUGGACAAUUAUUGUUGGUGCAAGCACCUUGGAUAGGAAGUUUAUUACCAAGGUCAAAACAGGAAACAAUAGAACUUAUGAGGGUAUUUCUUUGAACACAUAUGACCUUCAAGAAAAACUUUAUCCAAUUAUCUAUGGUGGCGAUGCAGCAAAUAAAGGAGAAGGCUUCGAUCAAAACUCAUCAAGGAAUUGUCUAGCUAAUUCUUUGGAUGAGAAGCUGGUAAAAGGAAAAAUUAUUCUAUGUGAAGGAGACCAAGGAAUCUCAGAAGCCUUUAGGGUAGGUGCUGUUGGGGUCAUGAUGCAAGGGGAAGCUUCUAUUGACAUAGCAAUCUCUUUUCCUUUGCCAGCAUGUUAUCUUCAAUUAAAAGAUGCUGCAAAAGUACUUACGUACAUUCGUUCUACAAGCUUUCCGACUGCAACCAUCUUUAAGACUAUUGAGUUAAGAGAUAGUCUGGCACCUGUUGUUGCCUCUUUUUCAUCAAGGGGUCCAAACAAUGCGGUACCCGAAAUUUUGAAGCCCGAUGUAAUUGCUCCUGGAGUUGACAUCAUUGCUAGCUGGUCUCCAAUUUCUCUAAUUUCUAAGAAUUUUGGUGAGACCAGAAAAUUGAUGUUCAAUAUUAUAUCAGGAACAUCAAUGGCAUGCCCUCAUGUAUCUGGAGCAGCAGCAUACGUAAAAUCAUUCCAUCUCACAUGGUCGCCUGCUGCUAUUCGGUCAGCUCUUAUGACAACAGCUGUUGCAUGUAUCAAUUCAGAGAAUAACUUAGAUGCAGAAUUUGCUUAUGGAGCUGGCCAAAUAGACCCGGUCAAAGCUGUUAAUCCGGGUCUAAUAUAUGACGCUGAUGAAGGGGAUUAUGUCAGAUUUUUAUGUGGACAGGGUUUCAACACUACUGAUCUGCAACAAAUUAGUGGGGAUGACAACAUAUGCUCUAACAAAACUUAUCCAUCUGCAAGGGAUUUAAACUACCCCUCUUUUGCUUUAAAAGUCCAAAGUUCCCAACAGCAUUUUAGAGGAAGCUUCCGAAGGACAGUCACAAAUGUAGGAAUACCAUAUUCUAAAUACACAGCAAAUGUGACAGCUCCUGAAGGACUUCAUAUUUCAGUGAAUCCUGCCGUUUUGUCAUUCACUUCAGUGGGUGAAAAACAAACAUAUAUCCUCACUAUACAUGGAAAAAUGAAGAACCAUACAUUGUUGUCAGCUUCUUUGAUAUGGAAUGAUGGUAAUUUUAGAGUGAGAAGCCCAAUAAUUGUUUUUAAUGAAAGAGCUGACAAAGUUGCAGGCUCUUCAAAUUUGUAUCUUAUUAUUAUUAUUAUUAUUAUUGCUGUUGUGGUAAUUAUUUUAUUUUUGCUUUUCUUAUUUGUAUUAUGAACAGAUAUCGAUAAAUGUAUUUUUAUUUAUUGAUAAAAAUAGAGAUUCUAAUGAAUAAUUUUAAUGGAA